AUGAAAUUUCUCUCCAUUUUUCUAAUCGUCUUUCUCCAAACAAUUUUCUGUCGCAAAAACCACGAAGGCGAUCAAUUCGAGCGCUCCACAAAAUUCCUCAAAACCCUACAAACCGCUGCCGAAACGAAUAAAAACGAGUUGCAGAAAUUGUUCCGCGAUGAUUUCAAAUUCAAUGAUUGCGGACAGGUUUUAGAAAGGGAGCAAAUUUUGGAGCAUAUUUUGAUUGAUUCAAAAUUCAAUUUUGUUUUCGGAAAUAUUCGAAAUGAAUCAAGAAGUCAACGAAUUUAUUUUGAUGUUGAUAUUCAAUCGGAAAAAUGUCGAUUUGUUGAAAAAUUGAAUUUUGGAAUUGUUCGCAUUUUUGAUAUUUCAACUAAUUCUCAUAAUUAUGUGGCUGAAAGUGGAAAAGCUUUACAGUGCUCUUAA